UGGGAAUAAAAAAAGAUGGCGUUACGAGGAGUUGGAGUAGCUGUUAAAACCCUCGCUUCAAGAACCUUCACCCACCCCCGAGCACUCUCUGCUUCAUCUUCUUCUUCUUCUCGUUGCCGAUUCCAAAUCCGCUCGAUGGCGGGUUCUGCGACCUCCGAAUUGAAGAAAAUUCAGAUUCAGAGAGACGAUAUUACAUUUGAUGCUUAUGUGGUGGGCAAAGAAGGUGCUCCUGGCAUAGUGGUGUUGCAAGAGUGGUGGGGGGUUGAUUAUGAGGUCAAGAACCAUGCUUUGAAAAUUUCCCAGAUGGAUCCUGGUUUUAAAGCACUCAUCCCAGAUUUGUAUCGUGGAAAGGUUGGUUUAGAUGUUGCUGAAGCACAGCAUUUAAUGGAUGGUCUUGAUUGGCAAGGUGCUGUUAAGGAUAUUCGUGCUUCAGUUAGUUGGCUCAAGGCAAAUGGUUCACAGAAGGUAGGUGUGACAGGAUUUUGCAUGGGCGGUGCUCUCUCAAUUGCAAGUUCUGUUUUGAUUCCUGAAGUUGAUGCUGUCGUUGCUUUCUACGGAGUUCCUUCCUCAGAGCUGGCUGACCCUGCACAAGCUAAGGCUCCAGUGCAGGCUCACUUUGGGGAGCUUGAUAACUUCGUUGGGUUUUCAGAUGUCACGGCUGCUAAAUCCUUGGAAGAGAGGCUUAAAUCAUCAGGAAUUCCAUAUGAGGUGCAUAUCUAUCCAGGCAAUGGGCAUGCUUUUUUGAACACAUCUCCUGAAGCUGUGAAGAGGAGGAAAGGAAUGGGACUGACAGAUGAAGACAGUGCUGCAGUGGAGUUGGCAUGGUCUCGCUUUCAAUCGUGGAUGAGUCGCUACUUGCGUGCAUAAUUUAAGAGCUUCAAUAUAAAACAACUGGUUAAAAGAUGCAUUUGACCUCGUUAUCCUGUCACUAUGUUACCUAGGAUCUCUAGUGUUAGAUGGACCGAUGGUUGAUGGUUGAGAAUUGAGAAAUCUUAAAAUAAUGCAUCCAUCUUUAGAUAGAGAAUUGAAGGUCUAGUGGUUGCAUUUCAUAA